AAUAUUGUAUUGUGCCACAGGUUGUCAGGAAUAAAUAUCAAAAGGCGAGGACACUCUAACCUUAUAUCUCAACAUUUAAGUCAAUUACGUAACCACUAGUGGACUAGUUGGCUCGUGGAACGUCAGGGAAGAUGGCUGAGCCUUGGAAUCGAGGACAUGGCGGCGUGGAUGAUAUGUUGGAUGCAGAGAAUAAGCUUCUGGCGGAAAACUUGGCAUCUAAAGUCUCCAGACUAAAAUCGCUUGCUUACGAUAUUGACAAAGACGCGGAAGAGCAAAACACCUACCUGGAUGGCAUGGACUCCAAUUUCCUGAGUGCCACUGGUCUGUUGACAGGCAGUGUGAAGAGAUUCUCCACUAUGGUGCGCUCCGGCAGAGAUAACCGCAAGAUCCUGUGUUAUGUGUCAGUGGGGCUGGUGCUGGUUUUCUUCCUCCUGUACUAUCUGGUGUCCAGGGUCCAGAACUGAUCACUUCACUCUUCAGUGUGGGGAGGCUGACAUGUAUCUCAGUUUUAUGAGAUGUAGCCUUCAUUUCAGUGGGUACUCUGUUGUUUACAUUCCUAUGGGUUUUAUGCUAUUAUCGAUGUCCAGAGGGAUAGCUGGCGUGUCUGUGUAUGUAAUGUAUGACAGCAUGGGUAAUCGGGGAUAUCCAGUAUUCCCUGUUCAAGGUCUCACAGUCAUGACCUUUAGUCACGCAGAGAUGUUUGCCUUGGGCCACUGCAACAGUAAGUCUGUAGUGAUAACCCACAAAAGCUAUUUAAAUUGUUAUUCAAACCUUUUAAAUAGUAUAAUUUGCAAAGACUUGAUUUUAUUUAGACAUCAUUUUGAUAUCAUAUUGGGAUGAUGGUUCGUAGUGUAAAUAUUUGGUGAUGAUGGUAAUGUGGUAAUAUGGGUUCCUUGAGUUACAAAUCCUUCUUAAUUAUGAGAUCAUAUGUGUGGUCCUCAGAUCCCCCCCGAACAUUCGAACUACCAAAAAUGUUUAUUUAUUUGUUACACAAACAGUAAAGAUGGGGGUUUUUUCAGUUUGUAUAGAAUGAAUAUUUUUAAUAAAUAAUAUUCAAUUAAAUGUAUGAAGUUUUAAAAUA